CAAUGAUUUGUGGCCUAUCAAAAAUGUCAAAAUAGUCGAAUUUUGCCGAAAAGCAAAAAUUACGAUGAUCUCAUUAGAAUUAAAUUCAUUUACUUGUUCUUAGAUUCGUUUGAUUUAAUUAUUAGUGUUAAUCAUCCCUAUGAGAUCUACCAGCAAUGCAACAGUCACCGUUUGAAAAUAUUUUUAAUAUUAUCGGAGGUUUGUCGGAAGGGAAUGAAAAGCCCAUGAAACAUGGAUUUUACAACGCCUUCGCCCUUUUUAUCCUUGCGAUUUGUUGUGCAGCAUUCUAUGUUCUAUUUUUAAUCUUGGAACCUUUUUUUAAACCGUUGUUUUGGGCGCUACUUGUUGGAUCCUUACUCCACCCUUUCAAGUACAAACUAUCCAAGAAAAUCAAGUCAUGGUUUCAAGAUCUGGAGAAAUCAAAUUCGUCUGUGAUAUAUGGGUUGAUGAUAAUCCCGGUCAAUGUUGUGAAUUAUGCCUCUGAUACUGUUGGACAACAGUUCAAAGAACAUUAUAAGUCUGUCAUAGGGUUGCUAUCUGCAAUAUUUAUUUUGCCAUGGGUGUACAGUGCUAUACCAAGGAGCUUUGCCUGCAUUUUCUGGCAGCUUGUCAGUUUCAUCAGCUUCACCACAACACUUCUCAUCAAGCUAUGCAGCUCUUAUAUUACAUUAACAUUUGCUCUUGCAUACUUAAUAAGUGUUUAUUUUCUCUGGAGUCCCUCAAGAGCUGGUAUAUUUCGAGUAACAUCUCAUAUUCUUUGGCUGGUAAUCGCAAGCUGUAUAGCUAAUCUGGCAGGACCAUAUAAAGUGUACAUGUUCAUAUGGCUGCAAGCUAUAGGAAUAACUGGUUUUGCAUUGGAAAUACUGUAUGUUCAUAAACAGCUGCUUUUAAAAGAUCCAGAAGCUUCGAUAAUGACAGCAUUCCAUGCAGUUAUAACCAAUCAAAACUUAGAAGCUGCUACACUAGAAAAGAUAGAUGAAAAACCUGAAGAGGCAAUCCAAGGUGUCGGUGAAAAAGAAUCAACUCCAGAAGUUGAUCCUCCUGUAACCCCAGAACAAAUAACCAAAAGCGAUAGCUGGACAGGCAACGAACCUAUUCAAAGUUCACCAAGAAAAGCCAAAAUGUUAUUUAAAACCAGAACAUUGUCAGCUUUACCUUUACCAAGCCCAAAAACAAAAAUGCCAUUCGAAAAUCGCCUUUUAGCCUCCUUCAAACAAAGGUCUUUAGAUGAAAACUACAUCAGAAACAACUUCAAUGAUGACGAAACAGCUCUUUACUUCAAGCUCCUUUUCUUUGGGUGCUUUUGUAUGUUGAUAUGGAAGUAUAUUUGGUUGUUACCAGUUAUGUUGUUCUUUUUGGUGAUCAAUAUCAUCAAGAUAUUGUUGAAUUUCUUUGGAGUUUGGUUGUUUUUCGAAAAUCAGUACAACAAUCUCAUGUCUAAAAUUUCUGGUUGGUGGAAUGACAGGAAGUCAGCGUUAGUACCGGCUGAAAUCCGUGGUAUUCGUAAGAUGAUGUCGAUUUUUAACCGCAGCGUCAUCGAUGUGGCGUACGAGUCAAUCGAUACAGUGUCCACGUGCAUUGUUAUCAUUGGGCUAAUAUUCUUUGUAGCUGUUACUACUAUUUUCAUAUGUAUACAGAUUUACUCUGAAGCGAUAGUUGUAGUACGACUUAGUGGAAGUCUUUUGAACAGCACCUUUGUACAAAACAGCGAACUUCACGCAUAUUUACCUGAAGGUUGGGAAGAAAAAUUAGAUUCGCUCAUUGACAAUGCAUACACUUAUGGCAGAGAAGGAAUUUCUACUGGGAUAAUGCGAUACGUUAAAAGCAUUCUCAAAGAAGGCGAUCCAGAGAAGAUAGCGCGCGUAGAACAGCAGGUUCUGGAACUCUGGGACCGCGUGUACCAAAGCUGGGUUUCGGGUACCUUUGCUUCACAGUUGGGCCCUCAGGUAGACGGCUCAGCUGUUCAAGACUCUUGGGACAAUCUGGUCAACGACGUUUCUUCCUCUUCUGGUAUGUUCGACUACAGCGGGAUCAUCACAUGGGUGCAAGCCAAUGUGGGCACUCUCGGUGCGAUUGCGACGGGCAUGUGGGCCCCUUUGGCCAGCAAUGUAUCGCUGUUGGCUGGCUCUUUGGGCGCCUUCACAUCCCUCCUGCUAUGUGGCGGCGGUGCUAUUAUAAACAUGUUCAUUAAUUUGGUGGUGUUUUUCACAACGCUGUUCUACUUGCUGGCUUCAAGCAACGCUCUCUACAAGCCAGUGGAAGUGAUCACACGCGUCCAACCCAAUUUUGGCCCGAAGCUUGGCCUUGCACUGUCUGUCGCUAUUAAUCAGGUGUUCAGAGCAUCUUUCAAAAUGGCACUAUUCUACGGGCUUUGGACGUGGCUCGUGCACAAUUUGUUUGGUGCCAAAGUCGUUUAUUUGCCCUCAGUAUUAGCGGCAGUGUUAGGUGCAGCGCCGUUCCUCGGGCCGUACUUAGCGGGUAUACCGGCAGCGCUCGACGUCUGGCUGCAGGGUAGGCCGAUGGCGGCUUGUCUGUUGCCGUUGGCCCAGGCUGCCCCGAUUGCCUUCCUCGAUGCAGCAGUUUACGCCGAGAUAAAAGAUGGCGGUCAUCCGUAUGUAACUGGGCUUGCCAUAGCGGGCGGCAUCUUCUACUUAGGCCCCGAAGGUGCUAUUCUUGGACCAUUGCUUCUGUGUUGCCUCAUGGUGGUACUCAAUUUAUCCUCUUCCUUCCUCCGGGACACUCCUUCGGAAGAGCGGGCCGCUUUGCAUUCACGCGUCAGGCUCGGUGCUUAUCUGUGAACAUGCAUGGACUAACAUUGUAACACGUGGAGAGGAAAUCUCGAUAGGGUUUAACCCACAUUUGGAGUUAUGAGACGGAAAAGACAGGCGUAUCGCUCAGAUUGUAGAGUUGAGCCGGCUUCGCGACACGAACGUUUAAAAGAGCACCUUUCCCAGGCAUUAUUAAAAACUAAUUGUUAUUCUGUGUUGAUUCGCUCUUGACAUACGAUCGUGGGCGUUACUUGAGUGUUGCGGCAUGCUUGAUUAUACGUCUCCACUCCUGCCUAACUAUUAAAUCAAAAUUUAAGGGAGCUUGUAUGAAAUACAUAGAUGUGACGUCAUAAACGUCUGACGUAAUUUGACGUACUUUUUUUAUUUAAAUCGAUAAUUUCAAAUGGUAAGCAAACUUAAAACUGACAGCGGAAGUGGAUUUAAUCUCUCAAAGUAUUAAAAUUGACUUCUGAAUUGAUUGACUGACUCAAUUAAAAACUUUUUGUUUGUAAAUACAUUGACAAUAAGAGUAAGAAUUAUAAUAAUAGUAGGUAUCUGAAUUUUAUACGAAAGGCUCAUAAAAUCCGAUUAUAAUUUUUACUUUAUAAUAUUUAGUAAUUAGUAUAUUAUAAAAUAUAAAAAUAUUGAAAUUAUUAGAUAAUAAGCACGCCUUUUAAAUCAUAUAUUUAUUAUUACUUGUAAUAUCGAAACGUCAUUGUAUUACUGAGAUAAUUAUAUAUUAUAAUGUUAAUAUUAUAAUACACGUUAUAAGGUGUAAAUAUUACACUUAUAAGGUGACGAUGCUAAUUUGGCUGUACACAAAUAUCUAAAUUACUUAAUGCUCCUAAAAUUCAUAGUCGUAUCUAUAUACAAAUGGAAAAUAUGUAAAGGAUAGGACAAAAGAACACUUAGAUCUGCUGGUCGAUUCCGCAUAAGCUGCAUCAAUAAUUUACCACAAUUUCAAUGAUUAUAUUGUUGUGAUUGCUGAAUUUGACAUUGUUGCCACAAGAAUACCAUAUUCUUGUGGCAACAAUGUCAAACUACCGCAGUAGGAUCCCUGUUUGUUUAGAUUUGCGUACAUACAAAUUAGCACCAGCACCGUAUUUAUAUGUAGUUACACUGUAUUUAUUUAAUAAAUAUUAGUAAUAUUAUUAAGUUUUAAUAUGAGCCAAAAUGACGCUUAUCGUUUAUCAACGCAUGCCAAACUAACAUUUGUAACUUAUUAAUGUAAGUAUAAGUAACUUGUGCAAUUACGUUAUUCUGUAGGUUAUAGCUUAUUUAUGCCAUGUCUUUCUAAUGGCUUAGCAAGCUGGGGCAAAAUCCUAAUAGCUCAACAGUGUUUUUGAAUAAUAUUAGAUUUGUAAAACAUUAUUAUUUUUGAGAGGCGUACUUGCGACUAUAGUAUGACAGAUUUGAUCUACUUUUUUGGCUUUCAUCCCUCCCGUUUACUUUUAAACGUACGUUUAUCUGAUUACUAGCUUUUGCCCAAUUUCGUCCGCAUGAUAUAAUUUGUAGCACUCGUGCAUAAUAUCUAAAAAUGUUACAGUGAAAAAAUUUCGGAAUCGUAUCUUAAGUUCCGGAGAUUAUCCCUUACACAUUAACUCACAAACUAACUAAUUUUACUUCUUUGCAAUUGGUAUAGAAAGAGAUAAAAGGAGAUACUGACUGAUCGACAUAUAAACUCAACUCAAACCAAUGGAUCUAGAAAUUAGAGAUUUCGCAUAAAGUGUAUACCAUAGACUCUAAUAAUAAAAAAGACCAUAGACGUAAGAGAAGUUUGGUGCAACUAGUUACUAGACCCUGAACCCAAGCAGACGAAGUCGUGGAAAAGGUUGGUUAUCAAAUAAAUUAAGUAACAAACUUAAGUAUGAAUGAUUAUGUAAGUGAUCUUAUAAUGCAUCCCUUAUUGUCCUAGCAGUGCAGUGUAGGUUUUCGGUGUAAGUACAUUUUCGUGACAAUCUUUUAUACAAAAAGUCUUACCAAAAUCAAAUUUUUGAAUAUCCAUAUAUUAAUAGUCUAAACUUUCUGAACAUUUGGACAAUACAUGCCUCACUUUAAUUAAAAAAAAAACAAUCUUCUUCUAAUAAAGAUUGAUUUUUUUUAAUUUUCGUCACAGAUAUAAAGUGACACGCUUAGCAGACUGCACUAGCCUUCGCACUAUUUAUAUUUAUAUCAAAUUAUUUGUCAUUAUUAGAUAGAUAUUUAUUUUGAGAUUUUUAUUUCUCCUCAAUUUUUUGUAGAGAAUGUUUUAUAAUGGGGUUUAAUUUAGUUUUAGUUUUACUGAAAGGCAAGCUGUCGUCAAUUUCAACUUUUCUUGUGAAAUGUUCAGAAGCACUUUUUAACAGCUUGUCUGACUUCACUACCGCUAAAUUACUUUCAUUAUUUUUAGAAUAUAGUGCCUAGUUUAUGUAGGUAAGGGCCCCUUAUUAAAAUUCUUUCGCAAAACUCAGCAUUUUAUUUUGUCUAUCGAAGUCCAUGCAUGAUAAAACGUCCACUUUGCAGAAUGUAUACUUACGUCUUACAACUUAAAAAUGUUCAAGAAUUAUUCCUUCUGAUACUUGUCCUCCAUGUCAUUUUAAA